AUGGCUACCAAUUCUCGUACUGGAAUAAAACUUCAUAAUUUAGAAUACUUUCUACAAUUAAUAUAUCAAUCAGUACAAAUUGACAUUUCGUUUGAAUCAAAACUCUGGAAAUAUUUACUUUUCUGA